AUGUGCCAAGUUGCGCGCGACCGCAAACUUGGGCGCUUCCUGGCCAAGGGGAGGCUCAGACACGUGGACGUCUGCCACAUGAUCCUGGCGACGUUCGGAGCUAGUGGAGAUGACGCGCCAGGCUUAUCAGUUCGUAGAUUCGCAAGACAAUUCAGAAGCUAUUUAUCAGAGCACCCUGAGCUCGGGGAUUCCUACGACUCCACCACGGUGAGCCUCAGCAUUUUGCCCCAGGUGGUGAAGCACUGGUGCCGCGUGGACAUUCGAGAGUCUGACGUGGCCGGACUCGCCACCGAGCUGUCGCCUAAGCCCCCGUGCGCGCCUGAUGGCCCUGCACCGAUGGGGAGGAGGCGAGCUGUACGGAAGGCCAACGCCUUGGCAACGUUGGCCCCCCUCCCCGACAUGUUCGGCGCCGCGGUGCCGGACGCAGGUGCCGAGCAUGGUGAGCUACCGACGCCGCUGGCAGAUGUGCAUACCUACAGCCAGAUGGUGAGCGUAGUCCCUCAGCCAGCUGAUUCAGUCGUGCCCCUGGAGCUCCUUCGAUAUGCUGAAUAUACGCAUGUGGACCUGCAGAUGAUGCUGUCCCGUCGUGAUCGCGAGCUCGAGGCCAUGAAGGCCGAAUGCGCAGACCUGCAGCGGAGCCGAGCAUACGAUAUGAAUCGGACUCAGGAGUGGCUGCAGGUUACCAAAGACAUGACACACGAAUACCAUCGCCUUCGAGACCAGCUUGACUUCAGACCAGGGGCCAAGAACAUGUCGCCCUUUGGCGGCUACACCAUUGCCCUUGGCCGCAACGCAGGUCACGCUAGCGCCUCGUCUGCCCUUGCGAUGUUGGCGGGGUCCGAGGACAGGGGCGGCUUCCGAUCUUACAACAGCGUUGUCAGGUAUGAGCACAGGGCGGCGCUCGGACAGAAAAUACUGCUCAAGAUUUGCUACGACGAAUUCCAGGCGAGUGCUGACAUGGAAGUGCACUGCUUCAAGUUCGACGCGACGAACAGCGAGGCUCUGGAGAAAACCAAGAUUCACACGCAGCUGCUGACGUCUUGGGCAUGUCGGUCUGAAUCAUUGCCAGCCGCAGGAACUGCCAGCACUUUCGAGUCGUUCGCCCCCGUCAUCUCCUCGGCCAGCAGUUGUCCAGAUCUUCAAACAGUACAUUUUGGCACUGGCGCAGAGACAUACAUGUUGGGAUUGAAGGGGCUAUAUUCAGUGGGCUGCCCAGACUGGGAACAGCGAGCCACCGAAGCCGAGACGGACCAGCGACGCUUCUCGGUGUGCGUGUUUGGCACAGACGCGGGCCCCGACAACGUGGCCAUGGGGGGGGUGGUCAGGGCGCGCCUUGCACGCGUGAACACGGUUGCUUUCACCAUGACGUUCUGUUUCCUUCACCAGUGCCAUCUUGCAGUCUUGACCAUGCUGUCCAUACUAGAUGCGUUUGCAUGGUUGACCCCCGUGGGCGCUGGCAGCCAAGAAGAAGCUUGUGGACCAGCAGGGCUGUGCGGGCUGAACACAAAAUAUUUUGCUGCAGUGGCGACCGUGGCCAACGCGUGGAGGGGCCCUGGAGUUUCGAAGAGGAUGCGAGCUGCUGCGAGGUCGUUAUACACUGCUCAGGUUGCAAAUGAUUAUUUCGGACGGGUACCAGGCAGAGCGAUGCGUGGGAGAUGGGGCGCCAUCGAUGCAGUCGAGGCCCUCAUCGUGGCAGGUGCUCCUUUCAUUGGUCCAGUCUUUGCCGAGGUGUUUCCUCCAGCUGCUGACGCGAAGAAGCCCUCUGUGAAGGUCGGCUCCGCGGAGGACGUGCAGUAUCGUGAAGAACAGAAAAAGUACAAGCGCAACGCUGUUGGAUUUACUGGGUCGUCCUUGUUCCAUGUUGUUGUCCUCAUCUCCAGCGUUGCCAAGCAGCCGCUGACGCACUUCCUGCAUUGGGUUCAGAAGGCUACCAAAGACUACAAUGAUGCAGUGAGGGAAGCGCGCGCGGCUGACCAGCGCGCGCCGUACCUGGGCCCCACGCCACUCAGCCAACUUACCACUGGCAAGGCUGCAGAUAUUGCUGAGGAGAUCUCCAACUUGUUGGCCAGUGCAACGGAGAAAGACCACCACUACUGGGGCUCGUUGUGGGGGAAGCUUCAGACACCUCGGCUGCAACAACAAGCCCGCAGUCUCAUCGUGCAUUUGGUCCUGGCAGAAGCUUGCUCCUGGAAGCAUCGUGUUAUCGGUCGCCUGGGCGGGUUUCCAUACCAGCUGUUCCAUCUCGUGCGCGAGGGCGCCAACAAGCCUUGCGACCACAGGAACCGCGUCGCGGCCCUCCUCCUGGCCUCGAACGAGUGCUGCCUCACCCUGCCGUUCGACGACUUCACGUUGAAGCUGAAGCGGAACUUCGAGGCGGAACUCCGCGUGUUCGCCGACAUGCACCGACAAAUCAUGGCAGAGGCCAAGAAGGCCGAGCACUCGGACAUGGUGCGCUUCGACGCCGUCGACGUGCGCAACGCCCCGACCAUCGCCCAGCCCGCGUUGUGCCCCCACCAGACUCCACGGGAUCUCGCGAGUCGGCUCGCUUACGCGUUGGAUGGUUACAAGCAGAUCAACACCUCUGCGACUCAUGUGGUAUCUUGGGGGCCAGGUGCUGCUGUUGCGUUCCUCGCGCCAUGGAGCUACGGGAGGUGCUUAUGGACAGCAGCAUGUGAUGUGAUGACGGUUGCUGGGCUGCGGUCGUUCAAGUUGCGCAUCCCCUUGGAGGUUCAGCCGUUGCACGAGGCGCUUCGGUUUGCGCCUGCCACCGCAGCGCCAGCUGACGGCGGCCGACGGAAGCGCUGCCCUGUGAUCACAGUUACUGAGGAGGAAAUCAUUUGGAAGACUUUGGAUUUGGCGCAAGAAGCGGACGCCCCGCUGAAGACGAUCAUCCUGUCCAGCGAGGGGGAGCUGGGCGAGUCAGACGAGGACGCCGACUACGAUGCGGAGGUCGUCGCCGAGCUCUAUGGGGAGCUGAACGCCGAUGCGGACGACGAGGCCGACGGCGAUGCUGCGGCGACAGCAGUGGAUCCAGGCGGUCACGAGUUGGAGCAUGCAACUGACCAUUUGCUGGACGAGCAAGGGCACGAGGAUUUGCGCUGCGAGGACCCCGCUGGUGAUGCAGAUGACGACAGCGCCGCAGACGCACAGGACGAGGGUGCCACAGACGUUGAGAAUCCGUCCGGCAGCGUCCUGCCCCAGGUCGACAUGGCAACCUUGCGGGAAAGGCACGCGCUCGCGGUGAGGUCGGUUCAGGAAGCGCAGCGCUUGCAGAGAGACCAGACAGAGGACAUGCACCCGCUCCUGCCUGGCGUGAUAUCCCUUGUGCGCAUGCGUGAGACUGACGAGGUCAUCUUCGUCAGGUGGGCCAAGGACGUCGGCGUGUGUCGCCCGCUCGCCCUCGAUGCUCGUGGGGGCAUCAUCUACAUCAUUGGCUACGUGGUGCCGACGAUGCAAAUGACAGACAUGCCUCACGAUGUGCUCAUCCGCGACACAGGCGCCAUAAUGUUGAAGGUGCGUGCGCACGAGCGGCCUCGCAUGCCCGAGUGGUGUCUGACAGUGCAGAAGUACUAUCGUGCUACCAUCCACCCUGGUCCACAGCAGCCAGGCGCAAUGGAGUGUUCUUGGUGCCUGUCCAGCGUUCCUCCAGAAGGCGUCCGAGGCGCAGGUGGCGACAUGAUGGUCUGCGCCACGUGCCUCUUGCCGUGGCACUUG